UUAUUUCUUUUUCUGAAUUUUUUUUUCCGCUGGUUCAUUUUCCCUUUUCAAUUUUGCCCACCCUUUGACUAAACAAAACGGAGGGGAAGGGAAAAAAAAAGGAAAAAAAAAAAAAAAAAGUCUUAUUGUAAUUUCCACAACCCAAAGUCACUUUCGUCACUCUAGAAGAACACGACCCCGUCGCCUCAGGCCACCACCACGACCGACUGGGGCCACCGCAACUUUUUUCUCUCUUCCUCUCCCCCCGUUCCUCCCAACUUUCUUCUUCAUCUCUCAAUUUCUUUUCCAUAGCCAUUGUCGUUGGCCUUUGCAGCUUCGUGCUGUAGGCUUUUAAUUUUCUCCCACCUUGUCACGGGGGGCAUUCUUGUGCCUCUUUACCUCCGUGUACUUUUCAUUUCUCACUACCGCACAUGACUCCACAAUCUGCUUCACCAGUACCUUCCGCAGUCUCCUCCACCACAGCGUCACAGAUCUCCUAUGAUUCCCGAGAUGGAGAGCCCCAGGUAACACGUGCUUUAGCGGGCAUGAAUCUGUCCGCCGCGAACGGGGACGUCCUCCCCGUUCCUCCCACCCCCGCAAAGAUCGCUAGACCUACCAUGGCCAAUCGCAUCUCUCGCAUGUUCUCCAAUACUGGGAAGUCGACUCCGAAAGAGCAGGAAUCGCAUCGCGACUUCUCAGACAGCAGUACAGAAAGCAUCAAAGCUCCCUCGAACGCCAGCAUCAAACAAUCCAAGCCCACCUCUAAGCCCUCCUCCAAGCCCAACUCCAAGCCAUCCUCCAGAGCCCCCUCGCGACAGGCAUCUACGAAAGAGGAGGCCGAGAAGAAGCCAAAGUCCAGCAAUGGCAAAGAUAAUAAAGAAGCUGCCCCCGUUCACAAACGCUUCGAGUUGCCCGGAGAUGGCACUCAUAAUCAUCACCUCCGCAGCGCAAGACGACAGGAGAAGCUGACGGAUCUACUACGUGACAUGCUGGGCGGUGGCAGGAAGAAGGAUGAUCACGUGGACGAGCAACAACUAUCACUUAUGUCUACAUGGAUCGACCAGUUUAAAAACGAACGGGAUAAGCUAGCCGCCGACAAGAAGGGCGGCCCCAACGCCACCGCUUCGCUGGUUGACAAAUACGGAAAAUGCCAGGAAAUCGUUGGCCGUGGCGCCUUCGGUAUUGUUCGGAUAUCCCACAAGGUGGACCCGAGAGACUCGAAAGUUGAACAGCUGUAUGCCGUGAAAGAGUUCCGUCGUCGGCCACAGGAGACGACGAAGAAGUAUCAGAAGCGAUUAACCUCGGAGUUUUGCAUUUCCUCUUCCCUUCGCCACCCCAACGUCAUUCACACCCUUGAUCUUCUACAGGAUGCCAAAGGUGACUACUGUGAGGUGAUGGAGUACUGCGCUGGAGGCGAUCUCUAUACCCUCGUGUUGGCGGCCGGAAAAUUGGAGGUCGCCGAGGCGGAUUGCUUUUUCAAGCAGCUUAUGCGUGGCGUGGAAUACAUGCACGAAAUGGGUGUUGCCCACCGUGACCUGAAGCCUGAGAACCUGUUAUUGACCACCCACGGAGCUCUCAAAAUUACAGAUUUCGGAAAUGGUGAAUGCUUCCGCAUGGCAUGGGAAAAGGAAGCUCACAUGACUGCGGGCCUCUGUGGUUCAGCCCCUUACAUCGCCCCGGAGGAAUACGUCGAGAAGGAAUUCGACCCUCGAGCGGUGGACGUAUGGGCGACGGGCGUUAUUUACAUGGCCAUGAGGACUGGACGCCAUCUCUGGCGUGUGGCCCGCAAGGAUGAGGAUGAAUUUUACCAACGCUAUCUGGAGGGUCGUAAGCAUGAGGAUGGUUACGCUCCCAUUGAAACUCUGCAUCGGGUAAGUGUUGAGCGAACCCCUCGCUUCAAGUUGACACUGGCUCACAAUGUCUCCCAGGCGCGUUGCCGAAACGUGAUCUACUCUAUUCUGGAUCCCAAUCCUUCCCGCCGUAUCAACGCCUCGCAAGUCUUGAAAUCCGAGUGGGUUCGUGAGAUCAAGCUGUGCAAGGCUGGCGAGGAAGGAUACUGAUACAUGGUCUCGACGGAUUGAUCGGACGUUGUUCCGGGCUGUGUAUCCCUGAUGGUGGUCUGCCUGUUUCUGUUUGUCUGCCUCUGGCGACUGCUUAAAACCAUUAACCCGGGUGGUUUAUGUGUUUCUCCCGGUCCUUUUGGGAGGGUU